AUGGCGAGUCCAAAUAGGCUCGCGCCUCGCGUGCAGCAGAGGAUUGAAACUGAUGUGCCAGUCAGCCCGGCAUCACCUGCCACCCAACCAGCCAGCCCGGCAUCACCUGCCACCCAACCAGCCAGCCCGGCAUCACCUGCCACCCAACCAGCCAGCCCGGCAUCACCUGCCACCCAACCAGCCAGCCCGGCAUCACCUGCCACCCAACCAGCCAGCCCGGCAUCACCGGCCACCAGACAAGUCAGCCAGGCAUCACCUGCCUCUACACCACCUCGGAGUCCCCAGCAAAAGCAAAGGCUGAUAGACGGAAUCACGGCCCUCAGCGAGGCGACUGAAUUCACUGAAGCCUUUAAGGAUCCAUGCUGCAGCAUGAUGGCCUUCAGCACCUCCACCAGGCUGAACUCCUUGCACUGGGCAGCCAGCAAGCCAUUGGCCAGAUGGUGGUCCUUGCAGCGUGAUGGCCUUCAGCACCUCCACCAGGCUGAACUCCUUGCACUGGGCAGCCAGCAAGCCAUUGGCCAGAUGGUGGUCCUUGCAGCGUGA